AUGUUCGCAAAGAUAUUAUUUGUGCUCGGUGUUGCACUGUCAACAGCUGUGGCUUUACCAAUUGAUGGUUAUGGUUCAUCAUUGUCAUAUGCUGCACCUGCUAUUACGUACGCUGCACCAAAAGUGCUUACAACAUCACUCGUUCAGCACGCUGCUCCAGCUAUAGUCGCACACGCUGCUCCUGCUGUAACUUACGCCGCUGCUGCUCCAGCUUAUGUGGCACAUGCUGCACCAGCUGUUGCUGUUGCCAAAGUAGCCGUACCUGAACCAUAUGAUCCAAAUCCACAAUACAGUUUUUCAUAUGGAGUCUCCGAUCAUUCAACUGGUGAUUCUAAACAGCAAGAAGAAACACUUGUCAAUGGUGUUGUACAUGGCAGUUAUUCCUUGACAGAACCUGAUGGUUCCAUUCGUAAGGUCACCUAUACCGCAGACAAAAUUAACGGUUUCAAUGCUGUUGUAGAAAAGAAGGGCGUUGCUGUCGUCGCGAAACCAGCGUUAGCCGUUGCUGCUGUGUCUGCCCCAGCUAUAGCAAAGGUCGCUUAUGCAGCUCCAGCAAUUGCUAAGGUCGCUUAUGCAGCUCCAGCAAUUGCUAAGGUCGCUUAUGCAGCUCCUGCACUCUCCUAUGGUCACUAUCAUUAAACAAAGUUGAUAGUUGGGCAAAAUAUGGCAUUUGACCGUUGUUAAACUGUUUUUGUUAAGUUUUCUUUCUAGUAAUGUAGCGCAAGUGGGUGCAUCG